AUGGAAGGUCGCACCCUCAACGUCGCCGCUCCGGUGUUUCAACCCGGGGCGCUCGCCGGCAGCAAACCAGACACGAUACGACAACCCUCGCACCUACAGUCAGGAGCAGCACAAAUUCCCAAUCAAGAAGGUCGUUCUACCAUGCUUUCGCAAAUACAAAAUCACAUGACCUCCGUCGGUGGCGUCCCGGGCGCAACCAAGAAUAUGACUGCCAACUCUCGCCCUUUCGUUCCUGGCGGAGCAGCUACUCCUAUCAUCUUAAAGCCUCACGCUCUCGUCGCACCAUAUCAACCCCCUUCAGGACCGAUACUCAACCCGUCUCGGUCGCCGCUUCCAGCUCACAGGCUCGGACACGGCAUGAACAACGCAAGUGUCCAGCUCACCGGUCUUCCUGCUUUCCUCGCUACUCCACCCAUCAACAGCCACAUGCCGCAUGCCGGAGGCUACCUCGGCCCGCCAUCUCCCAUCUCGCCCGGCGCCUCCGGCCCUCCGAGCCCAUACUUCACGCCCUCGGGACAGGUCAGCCUUGGCAUGCCUCAUCCUGGACCACCUUACAACGGUAACAUGAACUUCAGAAACGGAAAAGGUCUUCCGCCCGUCACCCCGCUCAAGACAACCGGUCACAACUCGACUCCAUCCAUCUCGAUGAACCCAGCCGCAUUUGCUGCCAGCCUCGCUGCCAUCAAAGCAAAGAAGAAGAUCGUCGUAUGUCUACCAGCCGAAACCCCGUCACUAGACGAUGAGGCCCUGCUCGCUCAGCCCGGGUCCGCCUUAAAGUCAGUCGAAGAUGGACCGGACGGCGCGGCUGAGAACGCUCAGCAGGCAGGCGAGAUGAGCGAGGCCAAUGCGGCCAGGCGCUAUCGUGACCGUGCUGCAGCCUCGACACGAAGCAAGUGGAUUCAGCGACGACCGUGGAGCUCAGAUCAACACGAUCUCGCUCCCUGCAUUGAGUUACCCAAGGACGCGACCGUUACGUGCGAGAUCCAUCCUGAACCGUGGCCACAUUCACUCGGUCUACCAGACACGAUCGAAAUUUACCUCCCUGGGAUGAGUGCUUGGGACGAGUAUCUCGAGAUGCGCUUCGAGGAGCAACAGAUGGAGGCUGAGGAUGCCGACAUCGACGCCGAUUCGGCCAUGCCCCACCCAGGGAUAUUGCCAUCCAGCACAGCUCCCUAUGUUGCCGACCACAGAGGUCGAAGCUUGUCCAUCUCCACCCCCGCAGACCCAAGCAUGGUCACCUUCAAGCUCAACCGUUUCUUGCAAUCACAGCAGCAGCAAAUGCAACAAGACCCGAAUCAACUUAUCGAACGAGACACUCCGACGGAGUCGAACACUGCAAGCGAGCCAUUUGGUCGCUUCCAGACCGACUUGCCCGAUCGACUACGUGAGGCGUUCGCGCGCCGUCUCGGCGAUAACGCAGAUCUCCAUAUUCGUCCCGUAGGAAGGCAUAACCACACCAUGUCGCUCGGCUUGCCCAGCUCAGGCGGGCCCUUUGGCCCCGAAGUAUUCAGCGCUUUUGAUAUGAUUCGCGCUACCUCUGACGAAGGUCCCUCGAAGCCUCCCUCUGAAGCGCAAGAUCUGCCAGAGAAGCCGUUGUCUGACUCCGAAGCUUUGAUCGGAAGGUCAGAGAUUCAUUUGUCGAACAUCGCAGAAGAAGAAGCCGAGGAAGAGAUUGAAGCAGGACUUGCGAAUGCGCGACACAACGCAACAAAGGGCACGAGCAGUGGCAACUGGCAGGAUCUUGGAAGAGGUUUCGGAUAUGAGCCAGAGUCGCGGACCGCACAAAAUGGAUUUUCCAGGAAGCAUGCCCGGCAAGCCUCGAGGAUCUCGGUCACCACAUCUUACCCUGGCGGCGAAGAGAGUGACGAGCUUCUCAAUGGCGACGAGGACGUCGAAAUCCGCACGAACCCUAGUGAGGAUGCCGAUGCUUCGGACUUUGAAGAGGAGCCUCACGAGUAUGGGCCUGACCAUUGGCGUGAGCGUCAAGGCAGCGUACAUUUGUCCGCUUUCGGCGACGCUCGUGGUCGAUAUAGCUACGACGACGUGUCGCAGGGAAGUGACAUCGACAGCCUCAGAGACUCUCUGACCCCCUCCGACGAACAGUUCAGCAAUCCUUCCGACGAGGAAGCUGCACGGGAGGAGCGCAUCUUGCGUCGACAGCAUCGCUCUGCCGAGCGCGCCGCUCGUCGAGAGCGAAAGGAGCGUCGACGAGGGCGCACCAAUACCAACAACACUCUGCCAAGUAGCAGUAUUGGUGAGGGUGAGCUGCACGAACAUGGUGCAUACGAGCACGACCGAAAUGAGCCCAGGCGAGGCUCGCAGCACGACGACAUUAUCAGCAAUCCGUCAGAUGAAGUACAGUCCGAGCUGCAUGAUUCGAUGACCUUUGGUCACAACGAUAAGCUGCACCUUGUUGAUCAAGGUAAGCACCCUAGUCAGGACUUUCGCUUCCCCGCCUCGAAACCGUCUUUCGCAUCCGUCAAUUCUCAUGCUUUUUCAAGCCACAUGCUUGCAGACAGCCGUCCGCCAAUGUCUGGUACGCUUGGCCGAGCUUCGGGCAUCUCGCUGCUCAAUCCAGAUGCCAAAGAAUUCAAAUUCGGUGGGACAAGUGCGGCUACCAGAGCUGUUUCUGCGCCUAUUUCCAGCUCCCACAAUGCGGCAGAGAUGGCGCAAGGCCAACACUUCCGUCUGCCGAGCAUCAAGACGUCCAGUUUUGGCUCGCUUGCAGAUGCUCCUCAUCUCAACGUUGGAGCAGCCCCCUUCACACCCGGUGCCUUCACUUUCAAAGCCAGUCAGAAGCUCCAAGUGCCAGAGAUAUCGCGAUCGGCGUCACCAAGCAUCGCUGACGCUGGCGACGACGGUGACGCCGACGACCGAGAGGCUGAGAAUCGAGCGUCUCAAGGCCGAGAGAAGCGAACCCGCUAUGGGCCCAUCGACUAUGAAAGUGACGACGACAUGCGCUACCCUACGUACAGUACGAGCCCUCCUCGACCAAGAGCAUCAGCAGCAAGUAUCGAAGGACCUUUGCGCAGCUUCAGCACGCUGGCCAGGCAAGGUCCGCCGCCGUUCCUCCCUGCAGGCUACUCACAGCAGCAACGCUCUGUCUCCCAUGAAUCUCGCUUCACUGCCGACGCGCCUUCCUUUGUGCCUACCUGGGCGAAGGGCGCGCAACAAUUCAGCGGAUCAACGAGCUUCAAGCGUCCAUCGCUGCCUGACUGGGGCCAGCCAGAUAAACAAGCGCAGAACAAUCCAGGAAAAGAAGCUCUGCCUUCGAUCUUUGAUCCUGCUUUCUUCACGAGAGAGGCUGGCAGCAAGGCCAUUCCGAUCAAACGUCCUUCCGAGGGUGAUCGAACGAAUGGUGUGGACCAAACCCCUCCGGCCCAGGAAGCUUUGUCAUCGACGUCGAUAUCAGUGUCGCUUGACAGUCUGCAAAGCACCGGACCAUUUACUGCAACGGUCGAUGCUGGGCAAACCUCGGCAGAGACUCUCAAACCCCCUGGUGCUUUGCACAGGUCGGUAUCGUCUCGGUCAGCAGAACGAACGCAACCCAUGCAUAUCCCUGUGGGGCCUUCUAGCUCGCAUUCUUCUUCCGCUUCGCUUGCUUCGGAUGUGGGCUUUGGCGCAUCGCUUCGAUGGGUAGACGGCCGAGCGCCUUCCAGUAUCGGCAGGUCGUCUGUCGACAGGCGAUUGCGCAGAUCUUCACGCGGUCGUUCCGAGUCGCGAGGCAUGAGCGGUUAUGACAACAACCAAGAUGAGGAUGAGGACGAUAGCCUCAGUGACUUUGUCGAGGAGAUUGUGGAUCGCGUGGAUAAGGCGCUUGAAGGAUGGGCCGGCAAGAUUCUGGACGAAGUCACCAUCAUGGGUCAGGUACGUCCACACCCACGAGAUGUGGCCUCCACCGUUGAAUUCGCCCUAGACCAAGACAAGCUCGUAGAAGAAAUGUCGAAGCGCAUGGAAGAAGCGCUCGAUGUGCACCUUGCCUCCUCCUUUUCACUUCAUGCUCGAAAAGCGACCGGCGCUUCAGACGAAACGCAGACCACGAUUCGACCGUUCCAGUCAAGACAAUCUUCGUCCGAUGACAAGAUGGCUUCCUCCGGACUCGUUGAUGCUCCAGGCGAGUGGGACUUCGACUACGUACAAGAGAUCCUUGAGGCCAAGCUAGGCGACUUUCGGAAGCAGGUCGAAUCGAGCCUGGCCCAAGUCAUCGACAAGCUCGAGACGCCAGGUGCCAUUGCUUCUAGCACUAACCAUGUUGGAAUUGGCGAGGACAUUAACGGCUCUGCUCUGCCGUCCGACUUUGUGGAAGGCGUCACAUUGCGACUUGUUGGCAAGCUUGAGUCGCUGUUCGAGAUGUAUACCAGCUCGGCUAGAGACUACCAGUCGACUUCUGAGGCCAAGCUGCAACAGGUCAUGCAGUCCACGCUGGACGAGAAUCUGGUAUUGCUUUCCGAGACAGGGGCGGCGGAUCGUUCUAGCAUCCAACAAAUGCUCGAGUCGGAGAUGCACGGCUUGGAGCGAUCCAUCACCGAGGUUGGCUACGCCGUGAAGGGGCAUCUACAGUCUGCACUCGAAAUGACCUUACCCUCGUUGCUGGAAAAUAAAGCGACGAGCGACGCAAUCCUGGCUGAUCGGCUCGCCAACAAGCUUGGCCAGGCUCUCGGUCCUGUCUUGUCAGAGGAACGAAGAUGCCUGUUGGAGGAGCAUCAAAGAAGCCGAGAUCUCUUGCUCGAGGCGGUGCCGUCCUCAUCUCAGAUUGCGCAGUUGACCACCGAGCUGAUCCAACCGCUGGUGAAGAGUCUCAAGAGCGAGCCGAUCGACUCGGACGCGCUUGUGUCGCGCUUAGCAGAGGUGCUUGGCAAGCAGUCGAUUGAGCACAUGGUGGAUCUCAAUCCGGUGCUUGCCCUUCUUGAACCGCUGAUUGCCAAACAUGAAGAAGUGCGAGCUUUCAGCAAAAAGAUCUUGCAGCGCCAGGAGGACACCGAACGCACGUUGUCGGAGCUGCCGGGCGCCAUCAAUGCUAAGACGGAGAUCUUCCUGUCAAGUGCGAGCGACGCAAGCGAGAAGCAAGGUCUCAUCCUCGAGAAAGUUGCCGAGAUCAAAGCGGAGCUCAGGCGCGACGCGGAUACGUCUCCCAAUUCGACGCCGAGCGAUACAGAAGCUUUGCGCGAGAAGCUCGAAGAUUUAGCGCAGGACAGGGUGCUGACGCGAGAGACUGCUGAAAAGACGCUCGCCGAACUAGCUAGUGUUUACCAGGUGCUCGACUCUUCUUACCAAGCCUUGUCGCGACUGGAAGCUCAGUACACGUCGAACGAUGAGUCUCACAGGCAUCUAGCAAUCAAGCUGGAAAAGCAAGCUCAGGCAAGCGCUGAACUGGCACGCGAGCUCCGAGAGGCGGAGGGUCGCGUGACACGCGCGGAAGCUGCACAGACGGAAGCUGCAACCAUGCUGGUGUCCUCGGACAAAGAAUCCAAGAUGUUGCGGGACCAGCUCACACAGGUGACGACCCAACUCGCUGAUUCCAAGGCGGAGCGAGCCCUUGAGCGCGAGAGGACGGCAAAGGCUCUGGCGGAUGCGGUGGCUCGAGCUGAACGAGCGGAAGCUGCUAGUGUCGAGACGCAAGAUCGAAUGGGUCGUCUGUUGGAGCAGGCUACCGCCGCAGAACGCGAGGCAUAUGAGUCGGCCCAAUCCUUGCUGCAACGUGCAUCAAGGGCAGAGGGUCAGCUCGCGGCCCUCGAGAAGCGCAUCGCCGAACAGGACAACAAGAUCGCCAACCUGCAGCAAGUGUCUGCCACACAGAAGCAGAAGGCAGCACAGAGUCACCAGAGGCUGGCCGAGGGAGAGAAACGCGUCAAGGAGCUCGAGGCCAAGGCGGAGCAGCUUGCCGAGGCUACAGUGCGCUUGGGAGUGCUCGAAGUGAAGGCAAGCGAGCUCGACGACACGCGUCGCCAGUUGCAGCAGAGCGAGGAGAGGGAAGCAAAUGCCGCCGAGCAGCUGCGGCGGUACGACGAGCGCUUCCAGCAACUGGAGCGAGAUUUAGUGGAGAUGAAGGACAGCUUUGUGGAGAGGAGUGUGCAUGAUGCAGUGGAAAAGCAGCUUGCAGAGAAGCAGAAAGUAGUUGAGCAGCUGCAGGAUAAGCUAACCGCGGCAGCAGCAGCAUCCGACUCACCGCGAGCAUCGGAUGAGUGGGAAGCGGUCGACGUCGAGAAGCCACGGAUGGGAGCUUGGGCGUCUAUGCACGCUCCUACGAUUUGUGUGCAGGAAGAUAAAAGCGAUACGUCGGCAGAGUUAGGAAGCAGGUCACAACGCUCUGUCUCUUUUGCAUCGACGGGUAGUCACGGGAAGAAGGAGGUUGAGGUUGACGAAGGUGGGUGGUGGUCGUAG